CAGCGCGGGGGAAGGGCGAGGUUGUGGGGCGAGGCGGCGUGUGCCGGUCCUGUCCCUACGUUGCGUCUUAGUUUAGUGGAAAAGGGAAGGGGUUAGAAAAGGGAACUGAUUUAAAAUAGCUUCUCAUCCCAGUUGGGGGGCUGGUUCCCUCUCUGUGGGCUGCCUGUGCCGUUGCGGAGGGGGCAGAGGGAUUCUCUUGUGUGCAGAAGCAGCUUGGGUGGCUUAGCUGUGAGUGGGGGUGGGGGUCUCUGCCCCUCUUUGACUCCCCUCGUCUGGAUUUUUUUUUUUUUUUUUUUUGGUGGAGAGGGGGCAGGAUGAGCCUGCAGAGUUUUACUGGUAUUUCUCCUUCCUUUCUGAGGAGCUGCCGCUGCUAAAGCAGAUUUUUUCCUUCCUUUUUUUUUUUUUUUUUUUUUGUCUGAUGCAGAAUCACAGUAGCUACGCAGCCUCCCUCUUUUCUUUCCUUCCUUCCUUCUACCCCUUCGGUAUGUAGGAAGGGAGAGACAUCAAUGGCAAGGCUGAAAUAUGCAUAGAUGGACUUUCAAAUGCAUUUUUUCUUGAAAGAGGAAGGUAAAUCCCAGUUGCCACUGCACUGGCUUUUUUGUUGCUGUUGCAUUGCUUGGUAAAAAUGGGGUUCGCUUACUCCAGCUAAAUCCUCGGAGCAUUUCAGAGUUGCUACAGAGAAGGACUUACCAUAAUUUUUGUAUCGGAGAUACGUUGAUGUUAACCCGUUUUUUGUAAAAUGGAGAGCGAAAUAUUCACACCCCUUUUGGAGCAGUUCAUGUCUAGCCCUCUUGUCACCUGGGUUAAGACAUUUGGACCGUUAGCUGGAGGAAAUGGGACCAACCUGGAAGAAUAUGUGGCGCUAGUGGAUGGCGUGUUUCUGAACGAAGUCAUGCUGCAAAUUAAUCCAAAGUCCGCUAAUCAGAGGAUAAACAAAAAAGUAAACAAUGAUGCAUCAUUAAGGAUUCAAAAUUUGUCUAUUUUGGUGAAACAAAUAAAAACUUACUAUCAGGAGAAUUUGCAGCAGUUGAUCAUGAUGUCUUUGCCAAAUGUAUUAAUAAUUGGCAAAAAUCCUUUUUCUGAGCCAGGUACUGAAGAAAUAAAAAAACUGCUCCUGCUUUUACUUGGAUGUGCAGUUCAGUGUCAGAAAAAAGAAGAAUUUAUUGAAAGAAUCCAAGGUCUGGAUUUUGAUACAAGAGCAGCUGUUGCAGCCCAUAUUCAAGAGGUAACUCAUAAUCAGGAAAAUGUGUUUGAUCUGCAGUGGAUGGAUGUCAUUGUAUUGACACAAGAGUAUGUUGAACCUCUCUUGAAAAAUAUGGCGUUACAUUUAAAAAGACUCAUAGAUGAAAGAGAUGAGCACUCAGAGACUAUCAUAGAACUCUCAGAAGAAAGAGACUGUCUCCGUUUUCUACCUCAUGCAUCAGCAGCACAAUCACCUUGUGGAUCUCCUGGCAUGAAACGCACUGAAAGCAGACAGCAUCUGUCAGUCGAGCUGGCAGAUGCCAAAGCAAAGAUAAGAAGGCUUAGGCAAGAGCUUGAGGAAAAGACUGAGCAGUUGCUUGACUGUAAACAAGAACUUGAACAGAUGGAAGCUGAACUAAAGAGACUUCAGCAAGAGAAUAUGAAUUUACUCUCAGAUGCCCGUUCUGCCAGAGUGUAUAGAGAUGAAUUAGAUGCUCUUCGUGAGAAGGCAAUUCGAGUCGACAAGCUUGAAAGCGAAGUCAGCCGGUAUAAAGAGAGGCUGCAUGAUAUUGAAUUCUACAAAGCUAGAGUGGAGGAGUUAAAAGAAGACAAUCAAGUUUUGCUAGAAACAAAGACAAUGCUGGAAGAUCAAUUAGAGGGGACCCGAGCCCGUUCUGAUAAAUUACAUGAGUUAGAAAAAGAGAAUCUUCAAUUAAAAGCUAAAUUACAUGAUAUGGAGAUGGAGCGUGAUAUGGACAGAAAAAAGAUUGAGGAACUCAUGGAGGAAAAUAUGACUCUAGAAAUGGCUCAGAAACAAAGUAUGGAUGAAUCAUUGCAUCUUGGCUGGGAACUUGAACAGAUAAAUAGGACUACUGAACUUUCUGAAGUGCCACAGAAAUCACUUGGUCAUGAGGUAAAUGAACUGACGUCAAGCAGAUUACUGAAGUUGGAAAUGGAAAACCAAAGUUUGCUGAAGACAGUGGAAGAACUACAAAGUGCAGUGGGUUCUGUAGAAGGCAGUAGUUCAAGGAUUCUGAAAAUGGAAAAAGAAAACCAAAGACUUAGCAAAAAGCUUGAAGAGCUAGAGAAUGAAAUUAGCCAAGAGAAACAAAGUCUUCAAAACAGUCAAAAUUUGAGUAAAGAUUUGAUGAAAGAAAAAGCACAACUUGAAAAGGCACUUGAAACACUUCGAGAAAACUCAGAGCGACAAAUUAAGCUAUUAGAACAAGAAAAUGAACAUUUGAAUCAAACUGUAGCUUCUCUAAGACAACGGUCACAAAUCAGUGCUGAAGCAAGAAUGAAAGAAAUUGAAAAAGAAAACAAAAUCCUUCAUGAGUCUAUUAAAGAAACCAGCAGUAAGUUAAAUAAGAUUGAAUUUGAAAAAAAGCAAGUCAGGAAAGAACUGGAACACUAUAAAGAGAAAGGAGAGAGAGCAGAAGAACUUGAGAAUGAGCUGCAUCAUCUGGAGAAGGAAAAUGAAUUAUUACAGAAAAAAAUUACUAACUUAAAAAUUACUUGUGAGAAGAUCGAGGCCUUAGAACAAGAAAACUCAGACCUGGAAAUGGAAAACAGAAAACUAAAAAAAACUUUGGAUGGUCUAAAAAAUCUCACGUUUCAAUUAGAAUCCUUAGAAAAGGAGAAUUCACAACUUGAUGAAGAAAAUUUGGAAUUAAGAAGAACAAUUGAAUCCUUGAAGUGUACAAGCAUUAAAGUGGCACAAUUACAAUUAGAAAAUAAAGAACUGGAGAGUGAAAAGGAGCAACUUAAAAAAAGCCUUGAACUCAUGAAAGCCUCAUUUAAGAAAACUGAACGCUUGGAAGUCAGCUACCAAGGCCUAGACACAGAAAACCAAAGGCUACAGAAAGCCCUCGAAAACAGCAAUAAGAAGAUUCAGCAAUUAGAAAGUGAAUUACAAGAUUUAGAGUCUGAAAAUCAGACUCUGCAAAAGAACUUAGAAGAGUUAAAGAUCUCUAGUAAGCGCCUAGAGCAAUUGGAAAAGGAGAGUAAGUUGUUAGAGCAAGAGACUUCUCAACUGGAAAAAGAUAAGAAACAGCUAGAAAAAGAAAAUAAAAGGCUUCGACAGCAAGCAGAAAUUAAAGAUAGUACUUUAGAAGAAAACAAUGUAAAAAUUAGUAAUCUGGAAAAGGAAAAUAAAUCUCUAUUUAAAGAAAUAAUUGUGUAUAAAGAGUCAUGUGUACGCCUGAAAGAACUAGAAAAAGAAAAUAAAGAACUCGUGAAAAGAGCUACCAUUGAUAAGAAAACCCUUGUCACUUUACGAGAGGACUUGGUGAACGAAAAAUUGAAGACUCAACAAAUGAACAAUGAUCUAGAAAAACUUGCCCAUGAACUUGAAAAAAUAGGCUUAAACAAGGAGCGUCUCUUGCAUGAUGAACAGAGCAGUGACGACAGUAGGUACAAGCUUUUGGAGUCAAAAUUAGAAUCCACACUUAAGAAGUCUCUCGAAAUAAAAGAAGAAAAAAUUGCUGCUUUGGAGGCUCGUUUAGAAGAAUCGACAAAUUUAAACCAGCAGCUCCGUCAGGAACUUAAAACAGUGAAAAAGAACUAUGAAGCUCUCAAGCAAAGACAAGAAGAGGAAAGGAUGGUUCAGAAUUCUCCUCCAAGAAGUGGAGAAGACAAUCAAUCUGUCAAUAAGUGGGAGAAAGAAAAUCAGGAAACUACUAGAGAAUUAUUGAAAGUUAAAGAUAGAUUAAUCGAAGUAGAAAGGAAUAAUGCUACACUGCAGGCAGAGAAGCAAGCACUGAAGACACAGUUAAAGCAACUUGAGACACAGAAUAGCAAUCUGCAGGCUCAGAUUCUUGCACUUCAGAGACAGACUGUUUCUCUACAGGAGCAAAAUACAACUCUACAAACUCAAAAUGCCAAGCUGCAGGUUGAAAAUUCCACCCUUAAUUCUCAAAGCACAUCUCUAAUGAAUCAGAAUGCACAACUGUUGAUCCAGCAGUCUGCAUUAGAAAAUGAGAACGAAUGUAUGCUCAAGGAACGUGAGGAUCUGAAAUCAUUGUAUGAUUCACUUCUCAAAGAUCACGAAAAACUGGAACACCUGCAUGAACGCCAAGCUUCCGAGUAUGAAUCUCUGAUUGCUAAACAUGGAAGUCUUAAAUCUGCACACAAAAAUCUGGAGGUGGAGCAUAAGGACUUAGAAGAUAGGUACAAUCAGUUGCUGAAACAGAAAGUGCAGCUGGAAGAAUUGGAGAAAGUACUUAAGGUAGAACAGGAGAAAAUGCUGCAGCAAAAUGAGAAACAUGAAACUGUAGCAGCAGAGUAUAAAAAACUUCGUGAUGAAAAUGAAAGGCUUACUCACACGUACAGUCAGCUCUUGAGAGAGAAUGAAGUUCUCCAGACUGAUCAUAAGAAUUUGAAAACAUUAUUGAACAAUUCCAAACUAGAACAAACACGAUUAGAAGCUGAGUUUUCAAAACUCAAAGAACAGUACCAGCAACUGGAUAUUACAUCUACAAAACUAAAUAAUCAGUGUGAGCUGCUUAGCCAGCUUAAAGGAAAUCUGGAGGAGGAAAACAGACAUCUACUAGAUCAAAUUCAGACAUUAAUGCUACAGAAUAGAACAUUACUUGAGCAGAAUAUGGAAAGCAAGGAUCUCUUCCAUGUAGAGCAAAGGCAGUACAUUGACAAGCUAAAUGAAUUAAGGCGACAGAAGGAGAAAUUGGAGGAGAAGAUAAUGGAUCAGUAUAAAUUUUAUGAACCGUCACCACCAAGAAGAAGGGGCAACUGGAUUACUCUGAAAAUGAGGAAGCUGAUAAAAUCAAAGAAGGAUGUUAAUCGAGAACGUUUGAAGUCCGUGACCCUUACGCCUACCCGUUCAGAAUCCAGCGAAGGAUUUCUUCAGCUGCCCCACCAGGACAGUCAGGAUAGUUCCUCUGUGGGCUCAAACUCUCUGGAAGAUGGCCAAACCUUGGGGACCAAAAAGAGUAGUAUGGUUGCACUGAAAAGACUGCCCUUUUUGAGGAACAGACCGAAGGAAAAAGACAAAAUGAAGGCCUUCUACCGUCGCUCCAUGUCCAUGAAUGACCUGGUGCAGUCCAUGGUCCUAGCAGGAGGACAAUGGACAGGUAGUUCUGAACAUCUGGAGGGUCCUGAUGAUAUAUCUGCGGGUAAAAGGAGGAAAGAAUUGGGAGCUAUGGCCUUCUCUACUACAGCUAUCAACUUUGCAACUGUCAACUCUUCUACAGGCUUCAGAUCCAAGCAGUUGCUAAAUAAUAAAGAUACUACAUCCUUUGAAGAUGUAAGUCCACAAGGUAUUAGUGAUGAUUCUAGUACAGGAUCAAGAGUUCAUGGAGUACAGGACAUUAUCUGUGCAGAUGCUCUUGCUCCUCCUGUUCGUGGCAUUUCAACAAUGUGCAAGGUUCCUUGUCAAAUCUGUUCUUCCAGACCAGCCAGCCUUGAUAGUGGCAGAACAUCCACUAGCAAUAGCAAUAACAAUGCUUCACUCCAUGAAGUCAAAGCAGGUGCAGUUAACAAUCAAAGCAGGCCACAGAGUCACAGCAGUGGAGAAUUUAGUCUGCUACACGAACACGAGGCUUGGUCUAGCAGCAGCAGCAGCCCCAUUCAGUAUUUGAAAGGUCACACGAGGUCUAGUCCCGUGCUCCAGCAACGAACGCCUGAAACACUGGAUAGUCGCGGAAAACACCUCAAAACCGGUUCUCCUGGCAGUGAAGUUGUUACCCUGCAACAGUUUUUAGAAGAAAGCAACAAGAGUACCUCAAGUGAGACGAAAUCUACAAGUGAAGAGAAUCUUUUAGAUGAAGUCAUGAAAAGCUUAUCUGAGUCUGCAGAGCUGACAGGAAAGGAGAAGCUAAGAAAACAGCCGUCCACCGGUUGUGGUAUUGUGAGAUCAUUAAGUGUAAAAAAUACAAUUGAAUUCUCAGAUGGACGAUCCUUUAAACCAGAGCAACUUGUAAGGCCCAGCCUUCGUAAAACUGAAGAUACCUUCUUUACUAGCUCUCCAAUAAAAUUUACAUCAGGCACUCAAGGAAAGGCCAAAUCCGUUAAAGACAAGAUACAAGCGACUGUAUCACAGCGACAAUCAAGAGAUUGCAAUCCUUAUGCUACCUUACCUCGUGCAAGCAGCGUGAUUUCUACGGCAGAAGGAACCACUCGAAGGACGAGCAUUCACGAUUUUUUGUCUAAGGACAGUAGGCAACCUGUAUCGGUUGAUCCAGCACCAUCCACCGCUGACAGAAGCGUUCCAUCAACCUCUAAUGUGGAAGCUAUCCCAGAAAGCAGAAAUUCAAAAAGCAGGUCUAGGGAGCAACAAAGCUCCUAAUUCUAUUACCCACUACAUGAGAUGUGGGCCAAGUGAGAGAAAAGUGUCCUUCAGUAUCUCAGUGUGAAGCCUUUAUAUCUGAAGUAACAAGACAGCGACUGUAGGAAUCAUUAAUAAAAAUUAAGGGAAUUUUUUUACGUUCUUCGUGACUAGAGCAGGCGAGAAAUAAAAAACCUACCUACCUUCCUUCCUUGAAUCAAGGAGCUCUACCGGAGUCUACUGCCGAAAAUUUGUAGAUGGUCUUAGGAAUUAUUGCACAUUGCACUGUUAAGAUCUACUGAAUAAAGGACAGUUCUCAUCUCCCUAAGGACCAAGGUCUCAAGAAUUACUCCAGGAAAAAAAAAAACAAACCUUCUUUCAUCUUCUGUUUAUGACAUUAGCCACUGAUUUGCUUAAGCUUCUGCUAAUAAUUAGCCAAAAAACCCCUAACUAGCAGUUUAUAUUUACUUCUGUAAAUCUCAAAUAAAUGCUGUAGUAUUUUGUUGAAAAUGACUGUAUAUACAGGUACAAAAACCUCACAGCUUGCUGGCACUUCACGGCCUUAUUUGGUUAGCAUAAUCUGCAUGAAAUUGCUCUUUAAAAAGUUUAUGCUGAUUUUUGUUGCAUACUGCAAGAGAAAAAAUUGUUUACCUACAUGAAAAAGUUCCAUAACUAACAAAAGUGGGAGUCAUGGGAUAAUCGUAUUAUAUAGAAAUUGUUUGUCAUUUGUGUUUUUCACAUUCCCAAGUUAUUCUGCGUAUAUAUGUUCGGAUGUUUCUGACAGGAAAUUGCCAGGUAUGAUUUUUCUAUAACUUUAAUAUAAGGCUGUUUUCAACAAGUGGCAUUUCCAGGAUAAGACUGUCUCAUGAUGUUUGUGUAUCGACUGAUUUUUUUUUUUUAAUUGUCUUUUGACAUGAGCUGAUUGUCGCUUAGGAGGUUUCUUGAUGGCAAAAAGAAAUGUAAAUAAUAUCAGAUGCAUUUUACAAUCAGUUCCCCUGAAGGUUACCUUUUAUUAGUAAGAAACGUUUUGUUCAUUAUUGAUUUUUAUUAAAGCCAACAAAUGUUACUGGUACAUUCAGUGGUUGCAUACAUUUGUUGUCUGGAAGACAUUU